AUGUCUGAAACUUCGGACACUACCCCUCCAAUCACCACCUCGGACGGCCCGACUUCGGACACCCCGACCUCGACCCCGACGCCCCCGCCCCCGCCGACAAGCACUCCGAGCGAGCCUCCCACCUCGACGCCCACGCCCACCUCGACGCAGACCGACGACGAAGACGAUGACGACGAGUCCUCAACAGAGCCCCCGUCGUCGAGUUCAACGCCCACCUCGUCCAGCACGACGCCGACGCUGACGUCUUCCUCAACGACACCCACGCUGACACCCACGUCGGCCGAUACGGACACCACAAGUUCAACGCCUAACGUCGUUACCUCGUUCCAGACUGUCACUAGGAGUCGUAGCAUUGUGCCUUCAGCGACGCUGGAGCCUUCGUCGGAUGGGAAAGGGUUCUUCCAAAAUACCGGCGCUGUAGCAGGUGUCUUCAGUGUCGUUGGUCUCAUCGUCCUCGCUAUCAUUAUUGCUGUUGUGACCAAUGGCAUUCGACGACGACGAGCCAAGAAGUUUGAUCGCGAGAUCGCAGAGGCUGCGCGUGAGGCCGCUGCUGCCCAACCACCCGCUGGCUUCCUCGACGACGACGACGAUUACAACCGUGGUUACGGAAACAACACCAGCGGAGGUGCCGCUGGGUACGGCGCCUACUCGGAUGCCUCGUCGCACGGCACCUACGCCCAAUCCCCUAUGUCGCAUGCGGAGAGCUAUGGAAUGCGCGAAAUUGGUCGAGGACCUGCCCCUGGAGAAGUGUUCGACUAUGGCGCAACUGGUGCUGGUAACGCCGGUAUCGGUGUUGCGCGGGCCAGGAGCAUGAGGCACGGCGACAACUAUGGUCAAGCGCUUCAAGACGGCGGUUCGCCCUACCCCGCAUUUGCCGCUCCAAGCCAUCAACAACCUGCCUAUGGACGCCCGAACGACCACGACAUCCUCGAAGCAGCUGGUAUGGGAGCCCACGUCGCCGGCGCCGGUGCUGCUGGCCUCGCGCGCGGCCCCUCGCAGUAUCAGUCCCAGUCCUCCAGCGGCUACGACCAAGGCUACAACCCCACCCUCGAGCGCAACAAGUCCUUGACGAGCCACGAAAGCACAUCUCAAUACAGCGGUGUUCCCUCGACCACGGCUUCGCAGUACUACAAUUCUCGCCACGACAAUUAUGGACCUUACCCAGCCAUGCCGCCCAACGCGUCCUCGGCGUAUCAGCAAGGUUACCCCGCUGGUGCUUCGACUCAUCAACGUCAACCAAGUAUGCCAGAUAAUGAGAUGGAUGCGUAUGGAGGCUAUGUAGUGUCGGAUGAUGCCCCGGCGUCUGCGCCCAACCCACCUGUCUCGGCUGCUAGCGCCAGCACGCCCUUGCCUAACCCGUUCGAUCAAGCCAAGGCCGGCGAGAGGGACACGACGUAUAGCGUCGACGAUGAUGAACCGAGGAGGGUUCUGAAGGUUGCGAAUGAGUAA